CACCCACCGUGAGUUUGAGAGGCCCGUCGGCGAGUUCGUCAGAUUCCCGAGGAGAGAAGCUGGUCGUCCCCAAUCCGAUUCCGACGAGAGGAGGAAGAGCGGAGAGCGGCGGCGAUGGGCGGCGGCGGGGGCACCACGUACAAGGGCUACACCAUCCCCCACAACAAGCGCUGGCACACCGUCGCCGGCAAGGGCCUCUGCGCCGUCAUGUGGUUUUGGGUUUUCUACCGGGCUAAGCAGGACGGUGCUGUUCUCUUGGGAUUGCGUCAUCCUUGGGAUGGUCAUGAUGAUCACUCUCAUGGCCAUGGACAUGAGCAUGAGGGAUCAUCAUCUUCGUCAUCUCAUUAAAUCAAGUGCUUGUUGGCGGCUGACGGAGACUCUCUGCUUGGUUGUUGCAAUGAAAGCCUCAAGGUUAAUAAAGAGACUAAGACUAAGAUUAAUAUGGGUUCAUGUUGUUUGCAAAUGUUUAAGGCAAACUGGUUAUGUAUUUUGCUUUUGAGAUAGCCUCAACGGAAAUGCUACCCAUGUAUCUUGUUGAUGAUCAUUUACAGUUGUUUCUCCAUGCGCCA